UCAGAUGUUGUUUAUUAAUGCCAGAAAUCAGAUGUGUUUUGUGUGGUAAACGUUUCGGUUUUCAAGCAAGUUUCUCGUUUCUCAAAGUUUAGCGCGAAAGGCAGGCAGCAAAAAGGCGGAGGGCAAGCAACAAAAUAAAAAAAAUGUCUAUGAAUUAACAAAUUAAAAAGUGAAAUACAUUUACACGCACACUCACGAAUAGACUCACCCAAACGCAGCGAUUCCCCCAAAAGCACAAACACACCGACAACAAAACGAGUAAAAAAGUAAAAAAAGAAAAAAAAAACUAAAAGGGGUUAGAAUUUAACGAAAUUUUAUGUAAAUUAUAUUAAAGAAAAGCAGCAAAAGGUUAAUUAACAUUUUGCUUGAUAUUAAGCCACCCAAUAGAGCAUAGAAAAGGGGGCAUUGUGUGUAUGUGGAAGAAAGUCGGAAGACUCGCUCGCGAAAAGGUGACACUUCGACACUUCUAUAAUAAUCAACCACAAUAGCAACAACAACAACAAGAACGGUUGAAACGGGCGGUAUAGUGCUGUUGACGGUGACGAAGGCAAACAGCAAGUGGAAUUUUUCCCUUAAACAUCUAUAGAUUGUAAUAAUAGUGUGUAGUAGCACAAUUAACGACUAUUUGCAAGUGAAAGGAACAUCAAAGAAAUGGCUCCUUCCCUUAGCACAUUGCGCGAAAAUCAGAAUGCCAUCGUGGGACUCACAGGCAUCUCGGCUGCCGUAUGGAUAAUAGCCUAUGGAAAAAUUAAUAGCAAACGCAGAAGAAGUGCCUUUGAUGAAAAAAUCCAAUACACAAUUUCGGAGAAAAAGGACAAAAAACCAACGAAGGCACAUGUUAAUGCUGUCUUCUUUAAACAGCUGAGACAAUUAUUACCGAUUUUGAUCCCACGUUUCUGGAGUGUUGAAACUGGUCUAUUGGUACUUGUUGCCGCCUCACUUGUGGGCCGUUCUGUCAGUGAUAUUUGGAUGAUUCAAAAUGCCACCGUGGUAGAGAGUACAAUUAUUCAUAUGAAUAAACCCGCCUUCAAGAGAGCCCUUGUAAAAUAUUUGGCAGCAUUGCCAUUGAUUUCUGUAGUAACCAAUAUACUAAAAUGGAGUUUGGGUGAAUUGAAAUUAAGGUUUAGAACAAAUUUAACACAUCACUUGUACAACCAGUAUUUGACUGGCUACACCUACUACAAAAUGUCCAAUUUGGAUAAUAGAAUAGCUAAUGCCGAUCAGUUGUUAACGACUGAUAUUGAUAAGUUUUGUGAAAGUGCCACAGACUUGUAUUCAAAUAUCAGCAAGCCCAUACUGGAUAUAUUUAUUUAUGUGUAUCGUUUGUCCGUUACUUUGGGUGCCAAGACACCUUCCAUUUUAAUGAUCUAUCUCCUGGUAGCUGGUGUAUUCCUUACACGAUUACGUCGACCCACUGGUCGCUUAACGGUGGAGGAACAAAAGUUAGAGGGUGAAUUCCGCUAUGUGAACAGUCGCUUGAUUACCAACUCCGAAGAGGUGGCUUUCUAUCAAGGCAAUACCCGUGAAAAACUUACCCUACUCGCCAGCUAUUCGAAAUUGCGUUCUCAUUUGCGUAAAUUUUUGGAAUUCCGUGUGGGCAUGGGCAUUGUGGAUAAUCUUGUUGGCAAAUAUUUUGCAUCUAUUGUUGGUUUUUAUGCUGUAUCCAUACCUUUCUUCACUCCCAACCAUCCUAUGUUAUCGGGAGAAAAUAGUGGAAAACGUUUACAAGCUUAUUAUACCUAUGGUAGAAUGUUGAUUAAGCUUGCAGAGGCUAUCGGUCGUCUUGUGUUGGCUGGUCGCGAAAUGACUCGUUUGGCUGGUUUCACUGCACGCAUGACCGAAUUAAUUAAGGUAUUGAAUGAUCUCAAUAAAGGUACCUAUGAACGCACCAUGGUCAAUAAUGCACUCAACCAAGAAACUGGUUUCGGUCCGGGUAAAGGGCAAAUGGUGUUUGUUGAUAAUCUUAUUAAAUUCGAGAGUGUGCCAUUGGUCACACCAAAUGGCGAUGUUUUAGUUAAGGACUUAACAUUUGAAGUCAAAUCUGGCACAAACGUAUUAGUAUGUGGUCCUAAUGGCUGUGGCAAAUCUAGUUUAUUCCGCAUUUUGGGUGAAUUGUGGCCAACAUGGGGUGGUAAAGUGGUAAAACCACAACGAGGCAAACUUUUCUAUAUACCACAAAGGCCUUACAUGACCUUGGGCUCGUUGCGUGAUCAGAUAACGUAUCCCCAUACCCGUGAUGAUAUGCGUCGUGCUGGUAAAACCGAUGAGGAUAUUAUGCAAUACCUGGAUAUUGUACAAUUGGCCUAUUUGGAGCAGCGUGAAAAUGGCUUGGAUGCCAUCGAAGAUUGGAUUGAUGUGCUAUCGGGUGGUGAGAAGCAGCGUAUUGCCAUGGCACGUCUAUUCUACCAUAGUCCACAGUUUGCCAUUUUGGAUGAGUGCACCAGCGCUGUGUCCGUGGAUGUUGAGGGCAAAAUGUACAGUUAUUGUCGGGAAGCUGGUAUUACACUCUUUACUGUCUCACAUCGCAAAUCUCUGUGGGUCCACCAUGACUAUUUCUUGCAAUUCGAUGGUCGUGGCCACUACGAGUUCGGUCGCAUCGACCAGGACAAGGAACAUUUUGGUUCAUAAGCUAAUACCCAAAAAAAAAAAAAAAAAAAAAACUACUACCUGACUGGUGAUGGUGAUUGACUGCAAACAUCAUCGGAUAUUGCAACACCUAUAUAAUUACAAAUAAUAUAUAUAUAUAUAUAUAUCGAUGUAUAUGUAUGUGACUAUCAUAUAGUGGCCAAGAUUUGUUUAGUAUAAUUUUUUCUAUUACCAAUUACCGACUUUUUUUUUUAUAGUUUUGUAUACAUAUGUAUGUAGGGUUUUCUUUUGAAUCUUAGCAUAAUUUUCUUCGCCUGUCGAAAUGAAUAAUCGCAAACUUUGAACUUGAACUUUCCACUGCACACACAUUAUGAUUCCAUGUAGUUAUUAAUUUAUUUGCCGGUUUCGUUUGCAUAAAAAAAAGGAAUUAAAAUGAAGCAGAGUCCUUGGAAUUGAUUUCCAUUAAACUUUUGGUGCUGGUUGUAUUUUUAGAUAUAUGUAUGUAUGGAGGAAGUAAUAACAUGAAAAGAACACAGAAUGAAGGAAAGAAAGAAAGAAAAAUACUUGUAAAUUAUUUUCAAUUCAAUUUUAUAUCUACUAGUGGCAUACUAGAAUCGACGCUAUAAUCACAAAUGCACAAGCACUCACACAAAAAAAAACAAAAACAAAA